AUGUAGUAGUAUUGACUCAAAAUGUUGUUCAUAAUGUUGCUGAACCUGAGAUAAAGCAAGAAGAAGAGGAGAUACUUUUACAUAGAAUUGGUGAUCAAAAAAGAGUGAUGGGAAGAAAUACUGUGACAAAGGGUAAGAAAGGAGUUGGCAGGGGCCGGGGCAAGAGAAUGGUUGGAAGAAGAACUAGCACAGAAAACAGAAGUAAAAAAGACAUGGAAGCAAAAAGGGAUUCACAGGAAUGCCAAGUUGUCUAUCAACUGUGUGUUCUCAAUGAUACUCCAGAGGGAGAGGACAAAGACACAGACAAAAAUGGAGCUAAUGCCCCUGAAACUGUACCAUCAUUUUCUGAGGAAACCCCUGAGGAUCAGGUAGUUUUUGAGCUAGACUCCGUUACCACAAGUGUAAUAGAGAUGGUGAACUCUGAAGAUGGGUCAUUUAUUGAGAAAUCUAGAGAGCUGGUUAGAGAUGGUAGUUCUCCUGGUGUCAUAUUGGAAAAAUUCUUGACCGCUUGUGAGAGAAAUGUGGAAAAUCCAAACACCCCAAAUCAGAUGCGACAGGCUAACUCGGAGUUGGAUGUCAGUAAAGUUACUAUGACAUACACAUCAGCUGAUGUGAAAAUGGAAGAACGUUCUUCAAAUCAGGCUCCCCUCAGUCUGAUUUCCUCUGAGACUGGUUCGCUGCGUGGAGUACAAAUGUUCUUGGUGAAAGCAGAAGACCACUUGACUCUGAAUGAGCUUGUGAUGUUCCACACACCGAUGGAUGCUCCCCGUGUUGAAUGUCAAGAUAAUGCCAUUGAUAAGAACAGAGAUGGCAUCGUUUCUGACUCCCAUGUAGUACCGCUGCAGUCCAACAGCAAACAGUGUAUUUUUUAUCCUGUUAAAGAGGAAGAAAGAGAACAUUUUGUGGAGCUCCCUGAUACAGAUCAGAAACGCUUGGAUUCAGAGGGGCUUGCAGGUACUUCAUCUGGAAUAGAUGAAUGUGAGGAAAUCAGGGUGGGGUUGGUACAAAUGGACGUGCAAGAUCUGUAUAGAAACACUGAAGAGGGUGAUGUUAGUUCUGAACAGCAAAGCACUCAAGGAUUUUUAGAAUUCCUCUCCCAAAAUACAGACACUGAUGACUCUGAUAAUGUUCAUACUGAAACAGAAGCUGAAACCAUGGUAAUGUCCUGUUACCAUGGUAUACAGAGUAAUGGUGCAGCACACCAAAAUGGAAUGGAAAGAUGUGGUCCUAAUGACAGAAAAAAUGUGGGCCCUUCUAAAACCGUACACACAGAAAUAGAGAGACAGCUUAGUUGGAAGCCCAUUGACUACUUCUGUCAGUAUUUUAGUUGGGACACGUGGAAAGAUAUGGCUGUCUGCACAGGGGAAAUUUCAAAAUGGCCAAACCCUGUUACAGAAAAAGAGGUUGCACAGUAUGUAGGAAUCCACAUUGCAAUGGGAACUCUAAAGUUUCCCAGCACAAAGCUCUACUGGGAUGACUGUACCAGAGUACCACUAAUCGCUGAUGCCAUGUCAGCUUCAAGAUUCUGUGAGGUCACUCGACAACUGAGGCUGGCCAGCUCUGGUGGAGCUUCCAUAGAGACAAGUAGCGAUCAGCAGUCUGAAGAAAGGAAUAAAGACAAACCACAGCCAAGUAAUAAAUCCCAAAGUCAUGCCUCGAUGUCAAGAGACACAUCCAGAGUGUGUGUGCCUUCUCAGUCACACAAUAUUGAGGAGAAACGUAAUUGCACAAACAUUGAAGGGUCAAAGAUAGAUCCUUUGUGGAAGGUAUUGCCAUUGAUUCAAAGAGUUCAAGAGGGUUGUCGAGCCCUGAAGCAAAAUGGAUGCUUUGGAGUUGAUCAGUACCCCCUUCCGUUUCAAAGACAUCCAAACCAUUCAUUACUUCACACAGUUGUAAUAAGUGGUGGAGGGUUGGUUGUGGACUUUAACUUGAGUGUAGAUGACUCCAAUAGAGAAAAUGUAGUUGAAAAGAUGGUAUCUAGAAGUAAUGAUAGAAAUGAAGGGAUGGUUUUUCUUUGCAAACCAGAGCUUUCCACACCCUCUAUGUUAGAGCAUCUAUUAGAUGCAGGUGUGCAAAGUGCUGGCAAGGUUGGUGGGGCAAGAGGGCAGAUAGGUGACGAGUUUGCAAGCUCGGAUGGAAAACUCAAACUCUUCAGAUGUCAUCAUGGCUUUAUUCUUUCUGCAGUGGUAAAGGAAAGGCCGCGUUCAACAUCUCUUGUCAGUGGCUUUGAGCGAGCCAUUAAAGCUGCAAAUAUGAACCGUGAUUUGAGAAGUCUUUAUCGUUCUCCAUGCACAAACUCAGCAGCCAGUGCUUGGCCACAAUCUGUUCUCUGGGACUUGAUGGAUCUGGUAUUAGUAAAUGCAUGGCUACAGUAUAAGCAAGAUUAUAGUCAUAUUACAGAUCAAUUAUCACUUAUGGCAUUUCGUUUAGAGGUGGCAAAAGCGUUGAUCCUCUCCAGUGGUAAUGAUGCACAAGAUUCAUCACCCCCCUGUCCUCCUGCUUCAAAACCACAUGGCCCAGAUACAAACUUCAGACCUUCUCAGUUUCUUGAGACCCCUUUGCCUGAUGCAGUUACAAGGUAUGAUGGCUCUGGGCACUGGCCAGAGCAGCUGGCAGAGGGUGAGGAGGGCAAGUGUAGAUUUGGAGGCUGUGAACGCACAUCACGCGUGCAGUGUCUCAAAUGCUGCGUGUUCCUUUGCAUUUCCCGAAACCAGAACUGCUUCCUUAAGUUUCAUAGUCAGGGUCCUUCUUAAGGCGUACUGACUGGAAAUGAAUGGUGGUGAAUGAAAUAUUUAGCUUUUUUAAAUUAGAUAGUUAUGCUUGUAUACAAUGCUGUGGAAAUUAGACACACCAGGCCUGAUUACUGUCAGCCCUGUUCAAUCAAAUGAACACCUAAAUAGAACUUUUUCAGCAGAAUGAAGUUGGCUAAAAGCUCUCACCCAGUAGCACACUAUGCAAAGGUCGAAAUAAAUUCCAGAAAUUAUGAGGAAAAGGUUGAUUGGAAAUACAUCAGUCUGGGAAGGGUUACAAAGCUAUUUCACAGGCUCUGGGGUUCCAAAAAACCACAGUGAGAGCCAUUAUCUCCAAAUGGAGAAAACUUGGUACAGUAGUGAACCUUCCCAGAAGUGGCCAACCUUCCAAAAUUCUUCCAAGAGCACUGCAACGACUCAUCCAGGAAGUCACAAAAAAGCCAAGGACAACAUCUGAGGAACUGCAGGCCUCUCUUGCAUCAAUAAACGGUGUUGGGGGUUAUGCAAUAUUUGUUAUUUCUAGGCCAUAAUAUCGGAUUUACUUUUUAAAAAAGUAACUCGUUGCCUUUGUACACUUCUACUGUCCCUGUAUUUCGAGAAAUCGGGACUAAAUGUGUGCGAACUGUGUGCGGAAGAGACGUAGUGCAUGAUUGCUAUUGUAUUUCUAUAGAGUGUGAGGCUAGAGACUAUUUAGCAGAAGAGACGAGUCACUUCUAUUUAAACGAAUGGAGAAAUUGGAACAUACAACCAAGAAGCUCUAGCACCCAACAGUCAAUGGCUGUAGAAAGGAAGUCCCACCUUGCAGAUAAAAGCGCCAAUCUCCUUUUAGAUAGACAUCACCUGUCAAUCAACUCGCUAACGUGCAUGCGCAUUUCAUGUUUUUAGCGUGAUAUAAGGUCAGCAACAUUCGGUUGUGUGAAACACAGUUGAUUCAUGUGUUAAUACAAUGCAUUAAAACAAAUUAGUAAACACGUUUAGGCAGUGGGAUUAUAAGAAUAGUCUUACACUGGCCACAACAUGAUACACAGGGUGAAAUACUCACUCAGUUCACAGACUUAUGCAGCCAAACUGCUCCGUGUUAAGAGCUCCCUGUAACUGGUAGAAUGGGAUGAGAAAAGACUUUGGAUCAGUGGCUCCAAGUAACCUUGUACAUUGUGUGUGUACGCAGAGAAAAUGUCUUGGUUUCUAAAAAAUUCUACAUUUUUGUUUUAUAAUAUACAAGUAGUUUGAUUAAUGAAACAAACCAUUUUUAUGACAUUUUGGUAGCAUUAAAAACUAUUCCAAUCAAGUUGUAUCAACAUGCACCUAUGAAGUUAUAUGCAAUCAACCAGUGGUGUCUGUACACACCAUGUAUCAACUCAAAACAAGCAUGCACUGAGAUGACUUAAGUGAAAAAUAUUCAUUAGACUUAUUCCUUGAACAUUUUAGGCUGGCAUGUCCCACUGAAUUUUAUCCUGACUUUUGAAAAACAUCUUAAGUUGACUCUGACAUUGUCUAUGGGCACAGCACAUAAUGAAAGGUAUGAUGCAGGUUCAAGUGUUGGACUUUGCUGCUUUAGGUAAGACAGUGGUUAUACUUCAUUAUUCAUAAUGGCUGCCAAGUUGAUGGAAAAACAAAUCAUGCAUAUUCAUGUUAUUGAUUCUUUAUUAUAUAUUUGACGUGAAGAACUACUUUCUAAAUAUCUUUGUUUUCUUUGUUGUUUUGACAUGAGUGUUGUACAGUAGCUAGCAUGACCUGUAAUGUCUCUUGUAUGCAAUGCAUGGCUUAUUUGUAUGGAAUACAUAGCAGAAGAGAAACUGGCUUUGAGAACGCAAAGCUUUACUUUCCAUAAAACAAUUAUUUUUUAAGGAGUAAUACAAUAUUCUAACAAGUUACUUUUGAAAUUGAUGUUAUCCAACACUGUCAAUAAAGGUCACUGUUCAUGACUCCACUCUCAGAAAGACACUGGGCAAAAAUGCCAUCUGUGGAAGAGUGGUGAGGUGAAAACCAUUGCUAACAUGAAACUCUUUACCAAUAAAUCCUAAAGGAGAACAUCCGGUCAGCAGUCUGUGAGUUGAAGCUCAAGCAAAACUGGGUUAUACAGCAAGAAAAUUAUCCAAAGCGUAGGAGUAAGUCCAACUUUAAAUGGCUCAAAAGAAGCUAAAUUAAAGUUUUGGAGUGGCCUAGUCAAAGUCAUGACUUGAACCCGAUUGAGAUACUGUGGCAGUAACUUAAAUGGGCAGUUCAUGCUCGAAAAGCCUCCAGUGUGGCUGAACUAAUGCAGUUCUGCAAAGAAGAGUGGGCCAAAAUUCCACCACAGCGUUGUGAACGACUUAUCUCCAAUUAUCGGAAGCGUUUGGUUGCAGUUAUUGCAGUUAAAGGAGGUUUUUUCACAUAGGUGUUGGAUAAUUUUUUUGCUUCAAUAUUUUUUAUUUAUUUUAGAAAACUGUAUUUUGUAUUUUCUUAGAUUGCCUUUGGUUUUUUUGUUAUAUCUUGUUUAAAAAUCUAAAACAAUUUGGAGUGGAAAAAUACACAGAAUAGAAGAAAUCAGAGAGGGGCAAAUACUUUUUCACAGCACUGUAUGAUUAUACUUUGCUUAAAUAAGAUAUUUAAGUUAUUUCUUGUAUCAUGCCAAUUCUUGAAUCAGUUUUUUUAUAUAUAUAUUUUAUUUAUUUAUUCUAAUGCCACGCAGCCCUCUAUAUCUGUUUUUGUCUACAAUGUGUAGUUGUGCAAAAAAUGGCAACAAUUAACCCUAUUUGGAUGUGCAGUGAAUGUUAUAAUGUGAUUUAUGUAUUUUCAUAUUGCCAACGAGAAUGUUAUGUAUUUUACUGUUCUACAGUAUGCUUGGUGGAAAACACAAGAUGUCUUGUGCAUUGUUAGCUUUUUAUUAAUUUUCCAAAAGUAUAGCCUAUAUUCAGAAUGUGAUGUUUUUUUUUUGUUCCUUCCUUCAAUCUAUUCAUGACUACAUCAACUCCUGCUCAUUGUGAAUAACAAG